GUGAGAUCAGAUGAUCAGAGUCCGUCAACAUUUCUGCUGAUGAAUCAAAACUUUGGAAUCAAACACAACCUGUUCUCCAAGCUCCGCCCCCUUCACCUGGCUCACCCAAGAACAACCAGGAAACAGUCAGUCACCAUCAGUGAGUGAAGAGACGCAGACUGAAGACCAGACUCUGUCCUCUGACUGAGUCCAGCUGCAGAAGACAAAUGUCCACACACUGAAGCUUCUCUCACAGACAAGAUGGCCUCCAGAUCAGAGGAGGAUCUCUGCUGUCCCGUCUGUCAUGAGGUCUUCAGAGAUCCUGUCCUUCUGUCCUGUAGCCACAGCUUCUGUAAAGACUGUGUGAAGACAUGGUGGAGAGACAGACCAACACCAGACUGUCCUGUUUGUAAGAGAAGGUCUUCAAAGACUGAACCACCCUGUAACCUGGUUUUAAAGAAUAUGUGUGAGACCUUCUUACAGGAGCGAGGUCAGAGGUCUUCAGAGGUUCUCUGCAGUCAGCACUCUAAGAAACUCAGACUCUUCUGUCUGGACCAUCAGCAGCCAGUGUGUCUCGUCUGCAGAGACUCAAAAAACCACAUCGGCCACAAGUUCAGACCCAUCGAUGAAGCUGCACAAGAACACAAGGAGCAACUUCAGGAAACUCUGGAGACCUUCAAGAAGAACUUAAAGAGUCUGGAAGAAGUUCAGGUGGAGUUUGAUAAAACAGCAGAACACAUUAAAGUCCAGGCCCGACGCACAGAGACACGGAUGAAGGAGCAGUUUAAGAAGCUUCAUCAGUUUCUAGAAGAGGAAGAGGAGACCAGGAUGGCUGCACUGAGGGAGGAAGAGCAGCAGAAGAGUCUCAUGAUGAAGGAGAAGAUGGAGGCUCUUCACAGAGAGAUAGAAGCUCUAUCAGAUACAGUCAGAGCCACAGAGGACGAGCUGAGAGCUGAAGACCUCGUCUUCCUGCUCAACUACAGAGAGCUGCAGCGCCCCCUGCUGGAGCCUCCACAGCUGCACUCAGGAGCUCUGAUAGACGAGGCCAAACACCUGGGCAACCUGGCCUUCAACAUCUGGAACAAGAUGAAGGACGUGGUCUCCUACAGUCCUGUGGUUCUGGACCCAAACACCGCUCAUCCAGAACUCAUCGUGUCUGAAGAUCUGACCAGUGUGAGACGAGGAGACGAACAGAAGGUUCCUGAUAAUCCAGAGAGGUUAGAUUAUUACAACAGUGUCCUGGGCUCUGAGGGUUUGAACUCAGGAACUCACAGCUGGGACGUCCAGGUCAGAGAUAAUAAAGAGUGGAUAGUGGGAGUUUUAGAGUCUGACCAGAGGAAAGGAGAAGAUGUACUGUCUGGAUUAUGGGGGAUAGAGUUAUAUAAAGAUAAAUACUAUGAAUGGUCAUCAGGUGAAGUCUCUGUUCUCCAGCUGAAGAAGAAGAUCCAGAAGAUCAGAGUGAGUCUGGACUGGGACAGAAGACAAGUGUCCUUCUCUGAUCCUGAUACUAACACACUCAUACACACACACACACACACUUUCACACACACCAUGUUUCCAUACAUUAUCAAUGAUGAUGAUGAUGAUGAAGUGAAGAUGUUACCAGUGAAGGUUUGAAGGUUAAAGGGACAGUUCACACAAGUGAAGCUGUUCAACUUCACGUCUCUUUCACUCUCUUCACUCGUUCUUCUCUCCUUUCAGAGUUUGUAUAUAAAAUAUUAUAUUAGUGAAAUAUUAAGGUCUAAUUAUAGUUCAUCAAUACUUAUUCUGUACUCCUGUACACUUAGUUAAGGGAUGCAUGUUUCCCACUUAAUAAUACGGUCAUUAAUAAAGGCGUCUUCAGAUUUGGUUUAGAAUAACAUUUUUUUUAAGAAAAAUCACAUUUAUCAACAUUAAGCAUUUGAUCAGAUAAUCAGUGGUUUUCUACAUAAGUGACAAGAUUCUGUGUGUAAACGUGUGAACAUGUAAUACAGAGACUGUGAUCA